AGCCUCCUUCCCCCCGAGCGGAGCUGCCGGGCCGGGCCGGGCCGGGGCGGACCCCGGGAUCCCGGACACGGCGGCCCGGGCCCGCGGGCGGGGGGAUCGGCGGGGGCCGCCGCCAUGGAGUUCCGCCAGGAGGAGUUUCGCAAGCUGGCGGGUCGCGCCCUCGGGAGGCUGCACCGCCUUCUGGAGAAGCGGCAGGAGGGCGCGGAGACGCUGGAGCUGAGCGCCGAGGGGCGCCCGGUGACCGCGCAGCCCCGGGACCCGCCGGUGGUGGACUGUACGUGCUUCGGGCUGCCGCGCCGCUACAUCAUCGCCAUCAUGAGCGGCCUGGGCUUCUGCAUCAGCUUCGGCAUCCGCUGCAACCUGGGCGUGGCCAUCGUCUCCAUGGUCAACAACAGCACCACCCACCGCGGGGGCCACGUCGUGGUGCAGAAAGCUCAAUUCAACUGGGACCCAGAGACUGUUGGCCUCAUACACGGCUCCUUUUUCUGGGGCUACAUUGUCACCCAGAUACCCGGAGGAUUUAUCUGCCAAAAAUUUGCAGCCAACAGGGUGUUCGGCUUUGCCAUUGUGGCGACGUCCACUUUAAACAUGCUCAUCCCUUCGGCUGCUCGCGUCCAUUAUGGCUGCGUCAUCUUCGUGAGGAUUCUGCAGGGAUUGGUAGAGGGGGUCACGUACCCCGCUUGCCACGGCAUCUGGAGCAAGUGGGCCCCGCCCUUGGAGCGGAGUCGCCUGGCCACGACGGCCUUCUGCGGUUCCUACGCCGGGGCGGUGGUCGCGAUGCCUCUCGCGGGGGUACUGGUGCAGUACUCGGGAUGGAGCUCCGUGUUCUACGUCUACGGCAGCUUCGGGAUCUUCUGGUACCUGUUCUGGCUGCUCGUCUCCUACGAGUCCCCCGCGGUGCACCCCAGCAUUUCGGAAGAGGAGCGCAAGUACAUCGAGGACGCCAUCGGAGAGAGCGCCAAACUCAUGAACCCCGUCACGAAGUUUAACACCCCCUGGAGGCGCUUCUUCACCUCCAUGCCCGUCUACGCCAUCAUCGUGGCCAACUUCUGCCGAAGCUGGACUUUCUACCUGCUGCUCAUCUCGCAGCCCGCCUACUUCGAAGAAGUGUUUGGGUUCGAGAUCAGCAAGGUGGGCCUGGUCUCAGCCUUGCCGCACUUGGUGAUGACCAUUAUCGUGCCCAUCGGCGGGCAGAUCGCCGACUUCCUGAGGAGCCGCCACAUCAUGUCCACCACCAACGUGCGCAAGCUGAUGAACUGCGGGGGCUUCGGCAUGGAGGCCACGCUGCUGCUGGUGGUCGGCUACUCGCACUCCAAAGGCGUGGCCAUCUCUUUCCUGGUUCUCGCUGUGGGCUUCAGCGGCUUCGCCAUCUCUGGAUUCAACGUGAACCAUCUGGACAUCGCCCCGCGCUAUGCCAGCAUUCUUAUGGGCAUCUCCAAUGGCGUGGGCACCUUGUCAGGCAUGGUGUGCCCCAUCAUCGUGGGCGCCAUGACGAAGCACAAGACUCGGGAGGAGUGGCAGUACGUGUUCCUCAUCGCCUCCCUGGUGCACUACGGGGGUGUCAUCUUCUAUGGGGUCUUCGCUUCCGGGGAGAAGCAGCCUUGGGCAGAGCCCGAGGAGAUGAGUGAAGAGAAAUGUGGCUUCGUGGGCCAUGACCAGCUGGCUGGCAGCGACGAGAGUGACAUGGAGGACGAGGCAGAGCCCCCCGGAGCGCCCCCCGCCCUGCCCCCGUCCUACGGGGCCACACACAGCACUCUGCAGCCCCCCAGACCCCCACCUCCUGUCCGGGACUACUGACCAUGUGCCUCAGCCCAGUGGAGGGUCCCGGGGCCUCUUGUCCACGCGUCUUGGCCGGGGCAAGGGUCAGGGACAGCCAGUCCCAGCUGUCCUGGGUCAAGGCCAGAUGCGCCCACCCCACCCCAAAUGCAGUCAGAUCUCCCCUCCCAGCUUCCUCUCAGGGGUGGUGUAACUGUGGGUUGGCAGUUCCAAGGACACCCACAGUCCCCUCCAGACCUCCUUCUCCUGCCUCACUUCCGUUGUCCUGCCUCAGUGGUUUCAAUCUCGCCUUCCGGGGCUGUCUUUGAACGGACAGUUCAACCCCUUUUACUCUUGUGAUCUUGGGCACCCCUUUCCUUCAACCCCAGGGACGCUCCACUAGGGGCAUACCCCUGAGAAUACUCCCAACACGACCAAGUCCCUCCUCUCCUUUCAGACAAAUUUCAAAGUCUUCUUCUAGAAGUUUCCACGCCCCUUCCCACCACCCACUACCCACCUUUCUAGGGAUUGGUUUUCACCAGCGUUUCUGAGGGGAAACGGCGGUUUCAGGUCCAUCCCCCCCAAUCUCCCCCACCAGCAUAUUCUGCUGUGACACCAAAUUUCUCCCAACCCCUUCUUUGCUCAGAACAUGGUUGGGGGCUCUGCCUCUCCCCCCCCCCCCCAUGCACUUUGGCUGAGUUUUCAGGUCGAAAUAGAGGCCUGAUCCAGGCCUUCAACUUGACGUGAAGCCACCGCCAUUGAACGUCCCCCUGGUGGUUUCCAGCAGCUCCUCCCUUGCCCCCCAGUUCCUCGCACUUUAUUCUCCUGGGUGGUUUGCAAUCACCCUCGCGUCCCUCAGGGACUAAAUGACUAAAAAAGAAAAAAAUCUUAUCUAUCUACCUAUCUAGGAUCCUUUCCCUCUCAAGAUGCCCCUCUUUUGGCUUAGAAUUUUGAGCCCACACAAACAAGUCACGGGAUCCCCCAAAGGGAAUGAAUGGGGCUGGGGAGAGGGGGGAGGGUUCCCCGGGGCAGGGCUGUGUCGGUGUCGGUGUCUGUGACUGUAAACCCUGCCCUGCGCCACUCCCAAUAAAAUGCUGUGGUGUUGGAA